CCAAUCACUGGGCGACCCUGGGAUGAGUGACAGCAAGGCGGUGGACGGGUCGGGAAGGAAUAGCCUCACAGGGCCGAGUGGGCGCUGGGUUUCCCGCGGUCUGAGCUGGCUUAGGCGGAGGAAAAUCGCUCUUAAGGGACCAGCCCACGCGCGUCCUUUUGUUCCAGAGCCGCAAGGCGGGGCAGGCCAAACUUUGUCUUCUAGUCUACUCUCCAGAACUGCCAUGAUUUCCCAGUUCUUCAUCCUGUCCUCUAAGGGGGACCCACUCAUCUAUAAAGACUUCCGCGGGGACAGUGGUGGCCGGGAUGUGGCUGAGCUCUUCUACCGGAAGCUGACGGGACUGCCUGGAGAUGAGUCGCCGGUUGUCAUGUACCAUGGCGACCGUCAUUUCAUUCACAUCAGACAUAGUGGCCUCUAUUUGGUGGCCACAACUUCAGAAAACGUCUCUCCCUUCAGCCUCCUAGAGCUGCUAACCAGGUUAGCCACUCUCCUAGGCGAUUACUGUGGCUCCCUCAGUGAGGGGACCAUUUCCCGCAACGUGGCUCUUGUGUAUGAACUCCUGGAUGAAGUGCUGGACUAUGGCUACAUACAAACUACCUCCAUGGAGAUGCUAAGGAACUUCAUCCAGACGGAGGCAGUGGUCAGCAAACCCUUCAGCCUCUUUGACCUCAGCAGCGUUGGCUUGUUUGGAGCCGAGACACAACAGAGCAAAGUGGCCCCCAGCAGUGCAGCCAGCCGCCCAGUCCUGUCCAGUCGCUCUGAGAGCCAAAAAAAUGAAGUUUUUUUGGAUGUGGUCGAGAGAUUGUCUGUACUGAUAGCAUCUAAUGGCUCACAGUUGAAGGUGGAUGUGCAGGGAGAGAUCCGGCUCAAGAGCUUCCUUCCUGGUGGCUCUGAGAUGCGCAUCGGCUUGACAGAAGAAUUUUGUGUGGGGAAGUCUGAAUUUAGAGGUUAUGGACCAGGAAUUCGGGUGGAUGAAGUCUCCUUUCACAGCUCUGUAAACCUAGACGAGUUUGAGUCUCAUCGGAUCCUCCGCUUGCAGCCACCUCAGGGCGAGCUGAUUGUGAUGCGGUACCAACUCUCUGAUGACCUCUCUUCCCCGCUCCCCUUCCGGCUCUUUCCCUCCGUGCAGUGGAACCGAGGCUCAGGCCGGCUCCAGGUUUACCUGAAAUUACGGUGUGACCUGCCCCCAAAGAGCCAGGCUCUCAAUGUCCGGCUGCACCUUCCCCUGCCACGAGGGGUGGUCAGCCUAUCUCAGGAACUGAGCAGCCCAGAGCAGAAGGCAGAGCUUAGGGAGGGUGCCCUUCAUUGGGACCUGCCCCGAGUACAAGGAGGCUCUCAACUCUCAGGCCUUUUCCAGGUAUCUGCUGUCAAUCCUCUUGUAUCCUGUGUUCCCACCUUCACUUGCAGCCCUGAUCCAGUCCUCCCAGUGCAGCUGCUGCAUCCUUCCUCUGGUGUAAGCAGCUGCUUGGCCUCAAUGCUUCCCUGCCCUCUUUCUUCACAGAUGGACAUUCCUAGCCUGCCAGGGCCUCCCAGUCAUGGGCCCUCCACCACAGCACCCCCACUGGGAUUGGGCCCUGCCAGUCUCUCCUUUGAACUUCCCAGGCACACAUGUUCUGGUCUCCAGGUUCGCUUCCUCAGGCUGUCCUUCAAGCCCUGUGGCAACAUCAACCCCCACAAGUGGGUGCGACACUUAAGCCACAGCAAUGCUUAUGUCAUUCGGAUCUGAACCUCCCCAUUCAAGGACACAGGCAGCAAAGGCAGGAGAUGAUCAAACAGG